GCUCAACGGUACAGCAGGAGCCCUACAGCUCAGCUCCGCCGUGCUGGGAGCGCCCCAGGCCGCCUAGCAGGCGGGAAGCCCCGCAAGAUGCAACUGAGGGCCGCCAGGACAGCGGCGGGCCCGCAUUGGGCAGCCCCGCACUGGAGCGUCCGCUCCCCGUUGCUGCGCGACCAGACGCCGUGGGCUGCACCAACCGCGUCGCGUGGAGGGGGGGAAAGGCCGAGCUUUUUCUUCAUCUCCCUUCUCAAACCGCCUCCUCCUCGGGUGAAACACCCGCUGCAGAGCCUGGAAGGUGCCUUCGCUCCUUCCCACGUAUCCCCUGUGGGAGAUGUCAGCUCUUCAGAGCCGACUGCCACACCCGUGAGCGAGAUGCUACCGCCUACGACCCUCCCGCCCGCCGCUCUACGUGAGGCGGAUCGGACCGAUCAGGAUGGCCGUUGCUUGGUGGGGAACGAGCCAAUCGGGGAGGUCGUUGCUCGUGCGGGCGGCGACGUGCACAUCGAGCCGCGAUACCGGCAGUUCCCGGAGCUGACGCGGUCGCAGGUGGUGUGGAGCGAGCUGCUGAGCGGCUUCAUGUGGUUCUGGAUCCUGUGGCACUUCUGGCACAGCUCGGACAGCGUGCUGGGCCAUUUCCCGUACCCCGACUCCUCGGCCUGGACGGAUGAGGAGCUGGGCAUCCCGCCCGACGACGCCGAGUAACCGCAGUCGCAGAGGUGAAGGUCUGUGGAACUGUGGAGGCCCUGGAACUGAUGCUUUGCUCUGCUGUCCCGGUCUCAAUAAAGUGAGCUUUUGACAAAUGCU